CUGACGAGUUCCUCCUGUUAUGCCGCCCCCGGGCGGUGCGGAGGGUCGAGGGACGGCUUCCACCUUUUUUUGUGUGUGUGUGUCCGCCGACCAUGGGGGCGAGCGGAGAUCGGAUGCGGUAGAGGAGUUGGCGCGCCGUUGCUGGUGGACCGGCGGUUGGCGGCGGAGACGGCGUCCUCCUCUCCUCUCGUCGCCCGGCGGAGGAGGAGAGGAAAACGCAAGGGAGCGGCGGGGGAGUAAAGGGGAAGCCCAGCCUGCGCCGGCCGCCGGCUCGGGGAAAGAAUGGCCAACGAGUUAGUGAUCCUCAACGUGUACGACAUGUACUGGAUUAAUGAAUACACCUCAUCAUUAGGCAUUGGAGUCUUCCACUCAGGCAUUGAAGUAUAUGGUAGAGAGUUUGCCUAUGGUGGCCAUCCUUAUCCAUUUUCAGGAAUAUUUGAAAUCAGUCCUGGAGACUCAACAGAACUAGGGGACACAUUCAAAUUUAAGGAAGCAAUUGUGAUGGGUAGCACUGAUUUUACAGAAGAUGAUGUGGAGCGCAUUGUGGAGGAGCUUGGGAAAGAAUACAAGGGGAAUGCCUAUCAUUUAAUGCACAAAAAUUGCAACCAUUUUUCUUCAGCUAUAUCUGAGAUUCUCUGCGGCAAAGAGAUCCCUCGCUGGGUUAACCGGCUAGCUCACUUCAGUUCCUGCAUUCCAUUUCUCCAGAGUUGCUUGCCGAAAGAAUGGCUGACACCUGCCGCACUCCAGACCAGUGUAAGCCAAGAGCUGCAGGAUGAGCUCGGGGAAGGAGAAGGUGCAGCAGCUUCAACUUCAGCUUCCGCUUCAGCAGCGAGCCCAGGCCGCCACACCAAAUUAUGAUCCUGCACAGUGGCUUGAGACUGUAGACAAUACUGACUAUUUUUUAUUUACAAAAAAAAGGUAAUCACAAUCAUUAGAAACUGCUCUGCAGGGUGCUGAACAUUCGAGAUCUUUGUUUCUCAGUCUAAUUUUUUAAAAUAUCUUACCUGGCAAUUUUUCCAUGCUCAAUUAUGUUUCGUAGUUGAUACUCCAUGUUCUAUCUUGUGCUAAAAUAUCACCCACUUCUUUUUAAUAGUUUUGAGGGGUCACAGUUUAAAAGAAAACUUCUUUUAAAAGCUAUACAUACAGUAUUUUGGAUAAUUGUUUACAAAGUCCCGUAACUGGGAUCAACACUUGAUGACCUGUUGUAAUGAUAAUACUGGUAAUUUUGUAUUUUGUAAAGCACUCUAACUGUGGUAGGCUGGUAUAGUAAAUAAUGAAGUCACACUUCACUGGUGAUUAAUCUCCAGCAACACUCUUAACUCCCUCUUUGCAUUGCCCUCCCCACAACUACCUUUGGUUCACUAAAUGAUGCAAUAUAGAGUUGACAGAUUUUUUUCUUAUUUCUAAAGAUAUUCAAAAAUAAUCUUUUCAGCCGUAUUUUUCAGAGAAUGCACAAAUACGGCAAAAUCAAUUUUUAUAUGCUUCUAUAAUUGUUCCAGCCUGCAACAUCUAAAGUUAAAAUGCUAUCACUGUAGACAGUAACAAAACAUCAAAAUAAGCAAUAAGCCUUUCACCAGCAUUCUCGAUGAACAGGGAAUUUGAGUUUGUUAUAGUGAAAUAAUUAGUGUCUCUUCUUGAGGCAGAGAAUCAAAGACUUCUUCAGAUGCAUAGACCUGUAAGUGAAAUCAUCCCCCGUACUAACUGGCAUUCUGUUCAGGAUGCUUCUUCCUGCUAGCAUUGUAUGUAGUUUGUUUUAAAAAUUUAAGAGUCAAGAGUUGCACCUUAAAGAAUUUUGAAACCUGCAGGAACUCUUGUCUGAUCAUUUCCUAACUAAAUGAUAUUGUAGGAGGGAUUAGCGCCUUAAAAUGUACACUUAGAUUAUUGUGAAUCAUGAAAUGAGAUAAAAGUACUCAGUGUCAUUUUCUAAUUAUGAAAUACCGUUGACAAUGUCAGAAGUCAUUUUAAGGAGGUUUUACUUUUCAGAAGUGAUUUACAGUAUUCUAAGAAAGUGGUGUUUGAUCAUGUGCAUAUCUAUCCACUGGGGUUGAAUGAUUUAACAGUCCCAGCUUUGUGCAAACCCUCAUUCCUUGCCUUUCCAUAUUUUUUGUUUUGUAACAAAAGCACUGUACAUUUCAGCAACCCUUUAGCAGAUUGUCUUUGCAUUGACACUGCACUGUUGUGUGCCUUAGAGAGUUUGUAAAUGGGGUAUUACAGACUAUCCUAAACUUAUAAAAGGUGACUUAAAGGGACAUUGUGUUCUGUGCUUGGCAAUCAUGCGUACACGAACCCUCCUUGGGUACCAUGCCAAAAUGAUUUUUCUGGCCAGUCCAUAGAUGUCAUUUGCAGAAAAAAAAAGCAGUUUAAUUUUUAUUCAACCUGUUUGAUUUUAGAACGCACUUACUAAGAGACUUAUCUCACAAUGUACAACUGGAGAGGUUACACGGCAAAGUUGUCAAAUAUUGAGCAAGAAUGCUAGGCGAUGUUAAUGGCACGUCAUUUGUCAGAACUUGUAUAAUUCUGAAAGAGACUGAUUCUGAUUUUAAUUAUACUUCACACAGAAGUUUUUGACAUGCGCCAAGAGUUGUGUUGCAAUGCAAUAGUUUUCCUAACACUGCCUAACUUGUCGAGUGAUGCAACUACUGCCAAGGUUGCUGGCCAUGGUUUCCUUACUCCAGAACAGAGCUGAUUCUAGUCAAGUGACUAGCCAUAUCAGUGAGUUCACUAUCUCUGCUGCUGCUUUCUGAGGAGAUACAUUAACUGAGUGACAGGCAAAGCCAAACAACUCAUCUUAAUGCCAGCUAACACCAACUGAUUUGAUUGUGGUGUGCUUUGCCGACCAACCUGGUGCUGGAUUGUCAUGUGGACUUGCAGGAAAUGUUUUUGUAGUGUGUAUCAUAAGGGAAAGUUAUAUGGUUAAUAUUGACCAAGAAAUGGAUUUGUAAUUCCAUGUAUUUUUAACCCUUUGGAGCCCAGCAAUCGCUUCGUUUACUAUCCAAAUAUCUUUCUAACAGAACCAGGUAUAAAGCAUGGCCACAGAUAUUGCGAUGAUACCAAACACUUUAUAGCUCUGAAUUUGACAUCCAUUUUCCCUGAACUGCUGGAUCCUGAGCACAAUAUCACUAACAUACCUGUGCAAGUGACCUAUCCAAGUUAAUUACAUGAAUUUUUUUCAGACAUCCCCUACCCUCUGAAGCUGAGCUGUGAAUAAUGGACUGGUUUAAGAGAAUAGUUGAGGUGGACAUCUCCCAUUGCUUCAUUGUCUUCACUUGAUCUGCACGGUGAAAGGGUCUGCAUAAUAUUUCAGACCAUGAGGUUGGGGAGUAAGUCUGAGCCGUCCUGGAGAAAACUUGAUAACCACCAGGUAAAUAGGUAGAGCAGUUCGACUGCGAACACAACACUCUGCUAGGAAAAGAAUUCACUCUGUAAGACUAAAUCCUGCUUUAAGUCACAUGUUGGAGUGGUUGAAAAGAUAUUGGUCAUAGCCACCUGUCCAAAUAAAGUUAGGAUUAACUAUGCAGCAUUGGAAUUGGAUCUUUAGAGGGGGGUGAAGGUAACAUGGCUUCUGUUCAUUUGAUCUCUGGACUGAGGGGGGUUAAAUACCAGGAUGAUGGUCUAAGUGUUGGACUGGCCUUGUGUAGUAGCACUGCCUCAGUGAGUGAGAUUUUUCAGGCAGUGUGCCUCUGAUUGUGUCUUGGAUUAAAGUUGCGCAUGUCCACACAGCACUGCCUCUUAGGUGGUACAGAAUAUAUUACGUACCCGAUUGCCAGGGUACUUCUGUGAGGUGCCUUUUAAUUGUGACACAGGGACCUAUUGGUGAUCCAGGUCAAUUCAUCCAAAAUACCUCGUAACAUUUUCCACUCCAGUAGCUGUAUGUAAAAUUAAGUCAUGUUGUAUCUAAUUUAAGCAAAGGGUGGGGAAUAGUCCCUUCGCUAUUCCUGAUCUUGCAAACUGUACUUUAUUUUUUUGAACAAAAUGUGAUGAUGGCAUUAAAGAGAAACUUGUUUGUUCUAAAA